AAAAAGAAAAGAUAAAUGAAAAAUUGAAAACCCAGAAACAAUAAAUCGAAAAAAGAGAGCGGGAUCAGUAAAAGAGGAAAAUAAUCAGUAAUGAAGAAGAAGAUCUAAAAAAGAAAAAGAAAAAAUGUCGAAAACACAGAGAAAAUCAAUGUCAACAGCAACCAAAUCAACAAACCCUAAAGAAGAACAUCAUCCCCAACUCCCAUCAGUAAUAACCUUAAACUGUUUAGAAGACUACAGUUUAGAAUCCGAAACCCUAGAACGAUUCGCAACAGUAGAACACAUAGGCUUGUCAUCCCUCUCCCAUGGUAAAAUCGAAACAGCAUCAGCAAUCUUAAUCCAUUCAUUAUCAUUCUUACCACGAGCAGCACAGAGGAGAUUACAACCAUGGCAAAUGAUUUUAUGUCUGGGUUCAUCUGAUCGGGCAGUGGAUUCAACAUUAGCUAAUGAUUUAGGUUUGAGAUUAAUUCAUGUUGAUACUUGUAGAGCUGAAGAGAUUGCUGAUACUGUUAUGGCUUUGUUUUUGGGGUUAUUGAGGAGGACUCAUUUGUUGAGUAGUCAUUCGUUUUCGGCGAGUGGGUGGUUGGGGAGUGUGCAGCCGUUGUGUAGAGGGAUGAGGAGAUGUAGAGGGUUGGUGCUUGGGAUUGUUGGGAGAUCUGCUAGUGCUAGGUCUUUGGCGAAUCGGAGUUUGGCUUUUAAAAUGAGUGUGCUUUACUUUGAUGUUCCUGAGGGAAAAGGAAGGGCACCUGUUAAUUUCCCUCCUGCUGCAAGAAGAAUGGAUACACUAAACGACUUGCUUGCAGCAAGUGACCUUAUCUCCCUUCAUUGUGCUUUGACUGAUGAAACUGUUCAGAUUAUAAAUGCUGAAUGCCUUCAGCAAGUAAAACCUGGGGCGUUUCUUGUAAAUACUGGUAGUAGCCAGUUGCUGGACGAUUGUGCUCUCAAACAACUUUUGAUUGACGGCACUAUUGCUGGCUGUGCGCUGGAUGGUGCUGAAGGGCCACAAUGGAUGGAAGCAUGGGUAAAGGAGAUGCCAAAUGUAUUGAUAUUACCCCGUAGUGCAGAUUACAGUGAAGAGGUAUGGAUGGAAAUAAGAGAGAAAGCUAUCUCUAUAUUGCAGUCUUACUUUCUUGAUGGGGUUAUUCCAAGGAGUGCAGUCUCUGACGAUGAUGAUGACGGAAAUGAAAGUGGGUAUGAUUAUGAACAAUCUGGGAGACAAGGCAAAGAAAGAGCUUUGCAGGUUUGGGAUGCUAAACCUUCGUCAGAUGAUAUUCAAUUAAUUCCAGAAAGCGGCAAACAGCAAGGUAUUUUUGUGCCGAAGGGGUCCAACAGUCAGCCUGAAGGUUCAGGUAUUUCUCAAGUAACUGUUGCUCGAACUGAAGGAAGACGUAGCAGGUCAGGCAAGAAGGUUAAGAAAAGGCACGCCAAUCGUAAAUCACGACAAAAGGCUGAUGAGCCUAGUGCUGUAGAAAAAGACAGCUCACAAAGAGAAGAAGACACUGCUAUGAGUGGCACUGAUCCAGUAUUAAGUUCAAGUUCUCGUUUUGCAUCCCCAGAAGAAUCUAGAGGUAGGAAAAGCCAUGUUGAGUCAACACCAGAAUCAUCUUCUGAGCAUCGCAAGAAGUUGAACAUGCGCGCCAGUGGAAAUUCAACAGAUCUGUUAAAAGACGGGUAUGUUAUUGCUUUGCAUGCCCGGGAUUCUCCUGCACUGCAUGUGUCCAGGCAAAGAGUUCCGGGUGGUGCUUGGUUCCUAGACACUAUGUCUAAUGUGACAAGAAGAGAUCCUGCUGCACAGUUCCUUGUUGCUUUUAAGAGCAAGGACACGAUUGGGUUACGGUCAUUUGCUGCCGGCGGUAAACUAUUGCAGAUAAAUAGAAGAAUGGAAUUUGUAUUUGCAAGUCACAGCUUUGAUGUGUGGGAAAAUUGGGCGCUUGAAGGUUCUAUUCUUGAGGAGUGCAGGCUUGUCAACUGUAGAAACCCCACGGCUGUGUUGAAUGUGCGCAUUGAGAUACUUGCAGCUGUAGAUGAAGAGGAUGGAGUGGCUCGUUGGCUCGACUAGGGGUGAAUGCGACUCUUUCCUUUUCUUUUUGAUUUUGUGUGUUUCUGUAUUCCUAUCAAUUGUGUAAAAAUCCCGAUUUUUGAUUUAGAGUAGGAAAAAAACAACAGUAUCCGCAAAUAUUCACAAGGUUCUGUGUUGUAACUCAAUUUGUUUUGUAGUUCAUUUUAUUCAUAAUGCCCAAGGAUUCACAUGGUUUUGCUAGA